AAUCCACCAGAAACACCAUCUCCAGUUUAUCUGUACCUCUCAUACAUGUUGCACACAACACAGUAAACUUAAAGACUGAAUUAUAAAAACAUAUAUAUGUCUAUUAGGUAAUUGAUAUCAGUCAACUGGAAACAUGUCGGAUAUGCAGGAUACGAUGCUGCUGGGCUUAGAAGGCAUCAAGAAGACCAUUCUGCACGGAGGGACUGGAGACAUCCCAAAGGUCAUCACAGGUGCAAAGGUGACUUUUCAUUUCCGCACCCAGUUGUGUGACGAUGAUCGCACAGUGAUAGAUGACAGCAAAGUGGUUGGGACGCCUAUGGAGAUAGUGAUAGGUAACAUGUUUAAACUGGACAUCUGGGAGACCCUGCUGGCCUCCAUGAGGAUCGGCGAGGUGGCUGAAUUCUGGUGUGACACCAUUCACACUGGUGUUUAUCCACUAGUGUCCAAGAGUAUGAGACGGAUCGCAGAGGGCAAAGACCCUGUUGAAUGGCAGAUGCAUACAUGUGGAAUGGCCAACAUGUUUGCCUACCACUCCCUCGGCUACGAUGACCUGGAUGAGCUGAUGAAAGAACCGAAACCACUCUACUUUGUCCUCGAGCUGAUCAAGGUGACACAGCCCAAUGAGUACAACAGGGAGUCUUGGGCUCUCAAUGAUGAGGAGCGACUGAAGAUGGUGCCUGUGCUGCAUGGUCAGGGCAACAAGUUGUACAAACAGGGACACCAUAAAGAAGCCACACUAAAGUACAAGGAGGCGAUAAUCUGCAUUAAAAAUGUGCAGACAAAGGAGAAAUCAUGGGAUGUCCCAUGGCUGAAGUUAGAGAAGAUGGCCAACACUCUAACACUGAACUACUGCCAGUGUCUCCUACGCAUGGAGGAGUUCUAUGAGGUCAUUGAGCACACAAGCGACAUUAUCAAUCAGCAUCCAGGUGUAGUUAAGGCCUUCUACCUACGAGGGAAAGCCCACAUGGCGGUGUGGAACGAGGCUGAGGCCCGACAGGACUUCAGCAGGGUUCUGGACCUUGAUCCAGGCAUGAAGAAGGCCAUCAAGAAGGAACUGGCUCUGCUUAGCAUGCGCAUGGAGGAGAAGAAUCAGGAGGACAAAACCAAGUACCAGGGCAUGUUUUGAGUUCAGAGAAUCAAUACAAGGGAAUAAAUCUGUCAAAUAUUCUGCUUCAUUACCUUUAAGCAUCACAUUCAACCACUGAUGUAGAUGUCAAUACGAAAUGAAAAACCAUGAGAAAGUGAAACACACUGUGUCAUGGAAACUAUUGUAUCAAUCAGUUAAAUGAUCCUGAUUUAUUGGGUAAAUGUAGAACUGACUUUACAUAUGGGGCUAGAGUUAAGGAUGAAAUGGUGGAAGUA